CAAAAGAAAGAAACAACUUGCCUGUACCAGGCAGGCAGAAAGCCAAGCCUAGUUACGCAAAAGGAGACAAGCAAGAAGGCAGUUGCUCUCUCUGGGAGAGAAAAGAACAAUCCACAAUGGGUUUGAAGCUGGAAAUGAAGGGACAACAGUGAGAUUUUAGUUUCCUCUCCAGACUGGGCACCACAGACAUUGAUUCAGAAGAAUUGAUUCUGGGAGCAAGACUUUCCUGUCCGUUUCAAGGCCCAUCUAGGCAGAUUGGGAAUCAAAUUGAUAUGAGAAAUUAACAGGAGAAAAUCAAAUUUCAUUUCAUAUGUAUGGGAAAUCCACAUGCACAUGGAAAUUCCAAAGAGAGGAAAACUGAAAGUCUUUGAAAGCAGAGGAGGCUGUCCCUCCCCUGCAGUCCGCGUGGCCAGCUGGAUCAACUUCCACUGAAUAUUUGCUCUGAAGAUUCUGCAGCUUUGAGAUCUUGGAGAUCUAACUUAUCGCCGGCAGAAGCAGUCAUAGGACUUCAGCAUGAUCACCUCUCCGUUGCUGGCUUAUGUGGCAGUUUCAGUUUUCUGUGUCUUCAAAGUCAGCUCCCAGGAUACAUUUAUUGCAGCUGUUUAUGAACACGCAGUGAUAUUGCCUAAUGCCACCCUGAUACCAGUGUCCCGCGAAGAGGCGUUGGCAUUAAUGAACCGAAAUCUGGAUCUUUUGGAGGCAGCGAUCACGUCAGCGGCAAACCAGGGUGCACAUAUUAUUGUGACUCCAGAAGUUGGUAUUUUUGGCUGGAACUUUACCAGAGAAACUAUCUACCCAUACCUGGAGGAUAUCCCAGACCCUGGAGUGAACUGGAUCCCUUGUAAUAAUCCCAAAAGGUUUGGCUACACCCCAGUGCAAGAAAGACUCAGCUGCCUGGCCAAGGACAACUCUAUCUACGUUGUAGCAAAUAUUGGAGACAAGAAGCCAUGCAAUGCCAGUGACUCUCAGUGUCCCCCCGAUGGUCGUUACCAAUACAACACUGAUGUGGUGUUUGAUUCUCAGGGAAAACUGGUGGCACGCUACCAUAAGCACAACCUUUUCAUGGGUGAAAAUCAAUUCAAUGUACCCAAGAAGCCUGAGGUUGUGACUUUUGACACCAUCUUUGGAAGAUUCGGCAUUUUCACGUGCUUUGAUAUACUCUUCUAUGAUCCUGCUAUUACUCUGGUGAAAGAUUUCCAUGUGGAUACCAUAGUCUUCCCAACAGCAUGGAUGAAUGUUUUGCCACAUUUGUCAGCUAUUCAAUUCCACUCAGCUUGGGCAGUGGGCAUGGGGGUCAACUUCCUUGCAGCCAAUAUACAUCACCCCUCGAAGAGAAUGACAGGAAGUGGCAUCUAUGCACCUGAUUCUCCAAAAACAUUUCAUUACGAUAUGAAGACAAAGGAAGGAAAACUCCUCCUCUCACAACUGGAUUCUUACACACACCGCCCUGUAGUGAAUUGGACUUCUUAUGCCAGUAGCAUAAAAGCAUUCUCAACAGGAAAUCAGGAAUUUAUAGGUACUGCCUUUUUUGAUGACUUCACCUUCUUGGAGCUCACAAGAGUCGCAGGAAAUUACACAGUUUGUCAGAAAAAACUCUGCUGUCAUCUAAGCUACAAGAUGUCUGAGAAGAGGACAGAUGAAGUUUAUGCCCUAGGGGCAUUUGAUGGACUACAUAUUGUCGAAGGGACAUAUUAUUUACAGAUUUGUACCCUGCUGAAGUGUAAAACAGCAAACUUAAACACUUGUGGUGAUGCAGUUGAAACGGCUUCUACCAGGUUUGAAAUGUUUUCCCUCAGUGGCACUUUUGGAACCCAGUAUGUCUUCCCUGAGGUGUUGCUAAGUGAAAGUCAGCUUGCACCUGGAGAAUUUCAGGUGUCAAGUGAUGGACGCUUGUUCAACGUGAAGCCGCCAUCUGGACCUCUCUUGACCGUGACUCUCUUUGGGAGAAUGUAUGAGAAGGACCAGAUAUUACAGGAUUCAUCAGACCCCCGGGCACAAACACUAGGAGUAAUGUUCUUAGUCAUAAUACAAAUUAUGUGCUCAUUAAGUUGGUAGAAUAUUUCCAUUUGCUCUCUUAUUUUGUGUGGUUAAGAAAAUGAUGGAUGAGAAAAGAAGGAUACAGAUCCUAACGGUGGUCAUGGUCUCUUGAACAAGUGAGUACAAGUAUAUAUACAUAUAUAGUUCACUGUUUUUACACUUAACACUUACACACACACACCCCCCAGAUAAUAGAAGCCAGAUAAACAGUGACACAGUUUUGAAGGGUAAAAUCUAUAAAUGAGGGUAACAGUUUUACCCACAUUUUAGGGGGUUUUUUGGUGAGAAUUAAAUAAUUGAAUGCAUUUAAAGUCCUUAGACAAGUUUCUGGAUCAUGGAAAGUACUGUAUAUGUGUUAGCUAUUAACAACUGUGUAUGACUAUCACGGUACAACCAUGUGUGAUAUAUUUCUUGCUAAAAUUACAUCACCUCUGAUUGUCUAAAGUGUAAACAUCUUCUACCGGCUCAGCCGCCCUGCAUAUUUCAGUUAGAGGGCACGUAUUGCAUGGUACACUGGGUGUUAUACACAACUAAUGAAUCAUCGAACUUUACAUCAAAAACCAGGGAUGUACUACUGUAUGGUGACUAACAAUAUAAUAAAAAAAUGUUAUUAAGAAAAAAAAAAGAAAAUCAGUGAACUCAGCAUUAGCUAAUUGGUUUGGGUUUGACACCUAGAAGUGACAUAUUCUAGAAGGCAGCAGGGCUUACACCUAGGAACCUAUUAGAGGGCCUCCACUUUUUUGAGUGUUUUUCAGUGCCUCCUCAAUGUUUUACCUAUCUUGCCAGCCUGGAAGCAUAUUAAUAGGGUGGUUCUAUACCAAACAUUUCACCACAUCUGGACUGUCAUCUGUUUUUGCGUGGCCUGUGAGCUAAGAAAGGUUUUUAUGUUUCUAAGUGUUUGAAAAACAAAGAAGAAUCAAAAGAAUAUUAUGUGACACAUGAAAAUGUUCUGAAAUUGAAAUUUCAGUCUCCAUGCCUAAAGUUUUAUUGAACACAGCCACAUUGAUUUAAAUAUUGUCGAUGGCUGUUUUUAUGCUAUGGUGGCAAAGUUGAGUAGGUAUGACACAGACCCUAUGGCCAGAAAAGCUGCAAAUAUUUACUGCCUGGCCCUUUACAGAAAGUUUGACUCCUGCCCUGAAGUAUUAAAUAACAAUGGAUUUUAGUAUUGAAAACCUUUAAAACAACUCAGUGGGCAAAUUGCCUGUAAGCGUCUUUCUUGUAAUUCUUUCAUAAAAAGAGAAAUAAAAUGUCUUUAUUUUGUAUGAUAUACCAUCACACACACACAAGAUUACCCUGAUUAACUUACAACCAAAUGUGUUAUGUAAACUAAUAUCCUAAAUAAGUGAAGCUAAUUUUUAUGAACAUUGUUGAUAUUUAUUCACUAUAAGACACACACCACAAAGUCUUUUUUUUUUUUUGCAUUUGGGAUGUACUAAAAUUCCUGAGAUAAAGCAUAUUAGUUUUUAUUUUCAAAUUUUUCCUGGAAAUCAACUAAGAACUAUUCAACUGAACAUACUAUCUGAUAUUUCCCCCUGUGACAAACUCACUAGCUUGUCGUAGAAUGAUUUUUUCUUAAUGUCAAACAUUACAAGUAGUGAAUUUUUUUAAAAAAUGAUAUUUACUACAUCUAUAGCCAGCUCUGAUUACUUUUUCACUAUGGAUUUCUUUAACACAUAUGUAUUUCAUGAUAGCUUUGAUAUGCUUUUUAACUGUGAUUUUUAUUUCCUCUGCAUAAAACAUUUGUGGUGCUCUUCUAAUACAAACAAACUAAUUCCAAAAAAGAUCAAUGCUCAAAUAUGUUUUCCUUAAUCUUUUUAUACCUUGAUGAAUUUGAGUGGUCCAGAGUAAAAUUUUUGACACUCCCUCAUUUAAAGAUAUGAUUUGUUAUCAACCUCAUGAUAAAACACACAGACAUACACUGUCUCUUACUGUGGUAACCCUCUUCCAAGAUGGUGCCCAAUGAUCCCCACCUCCAGGCUCCAUGGAGAAAUCCUCCAUGAUUGUUUUGUUGCUAUCGAUUCUUGUAUUCUUUCUUUCCUUUUUUAUUUAUUUUGUUUUUAGAAAGAGAGACAGAGUCAGUACAUGAGUUGAGGGGAGGGGCAGAGGGAGAGCGAGAGAGAGAGAAUCUUAAGGAGGCUCCAUGCCCAGCACAGAACCCAACACAAGGCUCAAUCUACAACCCUGAGAUCAUGACCUGAGCUGAAAUCAAGAGUCAGAUGCUUAACUGCCUGAGCCACCCAGGCGCCCGUGAUUCUUAUUUCUUACAUAGUUUCUGAGCCUUGACACUUACAAUAAAUCUGAAUCCAUUGUCACUUUUACUGUAACAUAUAUCUCUUCUGCUUAAGUGUUCUAAUGAUUUUACUUAUUUGUUCUUUUAGUUUUUUAUCUAAACAAUGUAUUUCAGGUCUCAUAGACUGAAUUGUUUCUCCUCUCAAAUUCAUCUGUUAAAGUCUGAACUUCAUACCUCAGAAUGUGACUGUAUUUAAAAAUAGGGUCUAAAGACGUAAAAUGAUGGCAUUAGGAUGGACCCUGAACCAAUAUGACUGGUAUUCUUGUAAGAAGAAGGGAUUAGGACAUAGACAUGCACAGAGUGGAGACUAUGUGAAGACACAAAGGAAGAUGGCCAUCUGUAAGCCAAGGAGAGAGGCCCUCAGAAGAAAUCAACCCCGCCGAUACUUUGUAUUUCUAGCCUCCAGAAUCUUGAGAAAAUAAACUUUUGUUGUUUAAGCUAAUCCAUGGUACUUUAUUAUUGCAGCCCUAGCAAACUAAUUCAGAUUCCAAUCCCCUCUCUUUUCCAUUUCCACCAUAAGUUGAAGUGUUCUGAAUAUUGAGAGGAGUAUGGAAAAAAUAACUAGAAAAUCAUUAUCAAUGUCAAAAGCUGGUUCUGAAACCUAUCACUUGGCUCUUAUAUUGAAAAUUAACCCCACAUUCCACACAUUCCUCUGAUUCUCUAUUCUAGAUGUCUCAGGCAUAUUCAGAAUACAUUACCUUAAUUUUAGUUUUUGGAAACACAGAGUCCUAGAUGGGGAAAAUACUUUAUAUCCACUAGUAAUACAUAGGUAGUAUGCUUUCAUGUAUAAUAGGUUUAGCAUUUUAAGUACAGACAGUGCAAAAAUAAAUUUCUUUCACUGUGCUAUAUUUCUUCCCAUACCUACUAGACAGGAUAAGCUAGCUUACUGUGCAGUAGCAAAUGAAACAAAAAAAUCUCCUGACUUAAGACAAAAGUUGCUUAUUCAAAGUUGCUCUUGCUUAUUCAAAGUCUACUCUAGGGCAGCCUCCAUGUCAAAGCUCAGAACCUUAGGCUUUUUCAUUGUGUUGUUUCCUUAUCAACCAGUUCUCCCAUUGUUUCUGGAGCAUGAAUAAAAGAAUAUGGAGAAAUUGCA